UGAAGAAUUCAAUUCACUGUACAACAAAAUAAUAGGCUAAAUAAAGCAAAAGCAACAUGUGGAGUUUCUAUAGAUUUUGUUGUUAAAAGUGUAUAUUAUGUAUUCAAAGGUUAGGUUUUUAUUGCAGUAAUCACACAAAAGCCUACGAAACGAACCCAAUAUGGGCAAACAAGAUUCCCUGGUUUCUGAAUCCGAAGAAGAAACCUUUCAGAGGUCGAGUUCAGACGAACCUGGAACUCCCGCCAAUAAUGAUGGAAAAAAGAAAGAGGCUGGCGCAUCAGAGUACGAGAAACAGAGGCUAUCGAGAAUUGCGGAGAACAGGGCUAGAAUGGAGGCUCUGGGUCUGUCCAAAAUGGCUUCGUCUCUAAUGGGUUCGGCUCAGAAAUCGCGGAAGAGUAAGGGCAAAGCCAAGAUUACUGAGGACGACGAUGACGAUUAUAGGCCUCAAGAGGAGGAACCCACCUCUUCUGCCGAUCGGGAAGAGAACAGUGUUGAUGAUGAGGAUUAUUUGGGUCCAAAAUCUUCUGUGUCAAAUAAAAGAAAGGCGAAGAAUAAAGUUUCAAAGUCUAAUAAGAAAAGUCCUGUGGGAAAGAUAUCGACUACUUCAGAAUACAUGGAUGAAGAUGAGGCAUUGAAACUGGCCAUUGCUCUUUCCCUACAAGUUUCUGGGGAACCUUCACAAAGCUCCCAUAAUUCAAAUGCUGUUGUCAAUGAAAAAAAAGGGAAAAUGCAGUCUAAUAAAGAAGAUUCAAGAAGAAAUAGGGUGAAAAAAUCGUUUGCUAGUCGGCUGCAGAUGACUGAGGAUGAACUGCUAGUUCAUUAUUACCAGUUUGAUGAUAAUUGGAAGGGAGGGAUAUCUGUAAAAGAUUUAGAAAGAGUAGCCACUGCACAUGAUUUUACUUGGACAGCCAAGGAGUUGACUGACAUGAUUCGUUGCUUUGAUAGUGAUGGAGAUGGAAAGCUAAGUCUCGAUGAUUUUAGGACGAUUGCUGUACGUUGUCACAUGAUUAAAGAGUCCCAAGAUCCCUGAUGCCCAAUAUCUACUUAGAUUUUCUAGCUGGAUGUAACUAUGUCAUCAUGUUGAGAGACUCCUUUGUCUGUAUCCUAAUUUAAGUUGUUCACAUUCCCAAAUUUCAAAGUAUGCUAAAGGAUUAUCAUCUGCUUGACGACA